UUGACAGCUAACAAGCGCAGCGCAUUCACCACAACAGCCAGCUGAUUCCAACCAUCUAGCCAGCCACAGUGGCUUACGUUUUGGUUUUGCUUUCGGCAAUACUUUCCACUUCUCGACCUUAAUUUACACCGUAUGGUAAAGACAUUAAUACGACUAGUUCAUACAAGUAUGGCGGUUGUUCUAAAAAGCUUUAACGGCUUUUCGUCAGUGUAGUCGACCAACUGGCUAGCUGGGUAAAGUUGAUAGCACUGAUUAGCAUCAACGCUGGCUAGCUGAGUUACAGCGGAUUCCUACAAGCUGGCAUCAAAAAAACCUCACCGUCAGCCAUGGGGAUACUAUUCACGAAGCUAUGGAGGCUUUUUAAUCAUCAAGAGCACAAAGUUAUUAUUGUGGGGCUGGACAAUGCUGGCAAGACCACCAUUCUUUACCAGUUUUCAAUGAACGAGGUGGUACACACCUCUCCAACAAUUGGGAGCAACGUGGAAGAGAUUGUGGUAAACAACACCCAUUUCCUGAUGUGGGACAUUGGGGGCCAGGAGUCUCUUAGGUCAUCGUGGAAUACAUACUACACGAACACAGAGUUUGUUAUUGUUGUUGUAGACAGCACAGACAGAGAAAGGAUCUCAGUGACCAAAGAGGAGCUCUACAGAAUGCUAGCACAUGAAGAUUUAAGAAAGGCAGGGUUGUUGAUCUUUGCCAACAAGCAGGACGUGAAGGGUUGCAUGUCUGUGGCUGAGAUCUCCCAGAGCCUCCAGCUUACCUCUGUGAAAGACCACCAGUGGCACAUCCAGGCCUGCUGCGCCCUCACUGGGGAGGGGUUGUGCCAGGGUCUCGAGUGGAUGAUGUCACGGCUGCGUGUGAGAUGAUGACCUUGGACCUUGAUCCAGAGUGCGCCCUUUCUCUUUGUUUUCUCAGCCUCCAGACAUGAGCUUGAAACAAGUGUGAGGGGGUCGGGUCAGUUUGUGGAUGGCUGUUCUCCUCAUUCCUGUGAUGCUGACGUGGGCAGGCUGCUGCCGGGGACUUUAUAUUCUUCUGUGAUAAUUUAUUUUACAAAAGACGUCUACGAACAAAAAAAACGUGACCUUUCCAGAAGAACAUUGGACUACACAAGAGACUCAAAUUUAUUUAAACUGAUAUUUCUUGCACGGUUUUCUUUACAGCAUUACACAGAAGUCAGCAAAGUGUCUGACUUGGAACUGUACUUGGACUCCUUCUUCGGCUGUGUGUGAGUCUUGCCCACCGUGGCCUUGCAGUAUUGCCGGACUGGCUGUGGCGGUUUUUAAUGCCCCUCCCUGUGUGUACAGUCCAGUAUUCUCUUAACGUGGUGCCUGCAGCAGAAUGUUCAAGCUACGAUGGUUGAUGGUGACUGAAAGCUGCAGAAAGGGGGGCAAAAUCAUAAUAUGCCCCCUUCCCUUCAGUCUCUAUGAAUAAUCAGUGAAAUAAAAGUGUUUUUAUCUGUUUCAGGUGAA